AUGGCCUCCGUUCUUCGCAGCAGCACCAAGCUGCGUACUGCCGCUCGCGCCCCGGCUGUUCGUGCUCUCUCGACCACCGCCCGCUUGCGUGCGGCUGAGAAGCCCUUCUUCCCCAAUGAGCCUUCCGCUCCCUCCGUCCAGACCGCUAUCCCCGGCCCCAAGAACAAGGCGGCUGCCGCGGAGCUUGACGAGGUCUUCGAUGUUCGCAGCUUGAACAUGCUCGCCGACUAUUCCCAGUCCGUCGGUAACUACAUUGCCGAUCUCGAUGGCAACAAGCUUUUGGAUGUGUAUGCUCAGAUCGCCUCUAUCCCCGUCGGCUACAACAACCCCCACCUGAAGGAGGCUACCCAGACUCCUGAGAUGAUCAAUGCCUUGAUCAACCGUCCUGCUCUGGGUAACUUCCCCUCCGCUGACUGGGCUGAGAUCCUGAAAACCGGUGUCUUGAGGGCCGCCCCCAAGGGCCUCAACCAGGUCUUCACUGCCAUGGCCGGCUCCGAUGCCAACGAGACUGCCUACAAGGCCGCUUUCAUGUACUACCGCCAGCUCCAGCGUGGUGGCCCCGAGGUCGAGUUCACCGAGGAGGAACUGCUGUCCACCAUGAACAACGAGAGCCCCGGUUCUCCCCAGCUCUCUAUCCUCUCCUUCAAGUCUGCCUUCCACGGCCGUCUCUUCGGCUCUCUGUCCACCACCCGCUCCAAGGCUAUCCACAAGCUUGAUAUCCCCGCCUUCGAUUGGCCCCAGGCCUCCUUCCCCGCCCUCAAGUACCCCCUUGAGGACCACGUCCAGGAGAACACUGCCGAGGAGAAGCGCUGCCUUGAGGAGGUCGAGCGCCUCAUCAAGGAGUACCACAACCCCGUCGCCGCCGUCAUGGUUGAGCCUAUCCAGUCUGAGGGUGGUGAUAACCACGCCUCCCCCGCCUUCUUCCAGGGCCUGCGUGACAUCACCAAGCGCACCAACGUCCUCUUCAUUGUCGAUGAGGUGCAGACCGGUGUUGGUGCCACCGGAAAGUUCUGGGCUCACGACCACUGGAAUCUCACCACUCCCCCCGACAUGGUCACCUUCUCCAAGAAGGCCCAGACUGCCGGUUACUACUUUGGCAACCCUGCCCUGCGCCCCAACAAGCCCUACCGCCAGUUCAACACCUGGAUGGGUGACCCCGCCCGCACUCUGAUCUACCGCGGCAUCAUUGAGGAGGUUGAGCGUCUCGGUCUCGUUGAGAACACUCGUAUCACCGGUGACUAUCUGUACUCCGGCCUCGAGCGCCUCGCUGCCAAGUACCCCGCCCACUUCCAGAACCUGCGUGGUAAGGGCCAGGGUACCUUCAUUGCCUGGGACACCCCCAAGCGUGACGAGUUCCUCGCCAAGGCCAAGACCGUCGGUGUCAACAUCGGUGGCAGCGGUGCUGCUGCCAUCCGCUUGCGCCCUAUGCUGGUCUUCCAGAAGCACCACGCUGAUAUCCUUCUGGAGAGCAUUGAGAAGAUCAUCAAGCUGCUCUAA